UCAGUGCGUUCAGUGUCGGAGAUGUCUGCCAACUGCACAGAUCAGCGUCUUGCCUUGGGCUGGAGGUGCUGUGGCCCUGACCCUUCGCCGCUCUCAGACACCGGGGAGAGCAGUGUCGGACCAGAGGAUGAGCAGUGGGACAGUGAGGAGGCCACGGAUUGUUUGUCCGACUUGCAGAGUGAGGCGUUGCUGAAGGAGAUGCAGCAGUCCUCCAUGCAGAUGAUUGCGGAGCUAGAUGAACUUGAGACACAGCUGGAGAUCGAGAGGGCGUGCCGGGAGAGUGCAGAGGUGCUCGCUGUGAAGCUCAGCAAAGAGAACCGGAAGCUCCAGAGACUGAGCCUGGUCCUGCAGCCCAUGUUGGACACAUUGCCCGGAGACCUGGCCCAGCUGGCAGCAGGAGCCGAGGAAAGCCCGGAUCCCAGCGAGGAUCCCACCUACCACUACCAGCUCCAGGUCAAAGAAUUUCAGGAGAGAAUCUCUCAGCUCCUGGAGGAGAAGAAACAACUGACAAGCAAGGUGGACGGGCUGGAACUCCGAGUGGCCGAAGUGCUGGAGACAGCAGAGAAGGAACGCGCUGAGAAGAAGCUGCUCCAGGACGCCCUCGGAAAGCAGAACAAGAGCCUCCAGCAACUCAGCACAGUCUCCACGCUGGUGAGCCGGGAAUACCGGGAACUGCAGCAACACCUAGAGCUGGAGCAGGACCUACGUCAGCGGGCAGAGAGCUACGCUCACCAGAUGCGUGUGAAGAAGCAAGAGGCGAGCCGGCAGAGUAUGAUCCUCCUGGAGAGCGCGGAGCCCAGCCUGCAGCUGCUGAGGGCUAUGGACGAGGUGGCAAAGGCCACCCGGACCCUGGAGGAGGAGCGCUUCCGGCACCAGCAGCAGGUGAAGGAGCUGGAGGAGCAGGCAGAAGGGAGCGGCUCCCGCAGGGAAGUGGAGAGGCUCCAGUUGCUGCUGAAGUUGGCAGAGGAUCAACGCACCGAGCUCGAGGCCAGAGUCCAGGAGGCUGAGAAAAGGAACCAGGAGCUGGAGGCUAAAAUCGAGGACCUUCAGCGGGAGCGGGAGCGGGAGCGGACCACCACGGAUGGGGCGGUGUGCACUGCGGGGGAGGAACCGGCGGGCAUUCCCCCACCCCCACCCCCACCCCCACCCCCACCACCGCCCCCACCGAGCACAGCCCCUGUCGAACCCCUGGCUGAGCUACUGCGGAGGAGACAGAAGGACGGGAAGAAGAGCGCUGAUUCAACCGACCUCUCUACCAUCAAGGUGAGGGCCGUGGAUGAGAUGAUGGAGAGGAUCAAAAACGGCGUGAUCCUGAAGCCCACAAAGAGGAAGACGGAGCCCCUGGACACGAAAUCUUCCGACACAGAGAGCAAGGGGACGGCUGUGGCCGAACUCCAAGGAAUUCUGGGCGCCUUGGGGAAGAGGAGGGUCCGGCAGCAGAGCCAGAGAAACGACAAGAGGCAGAACGAGCUGGACGCUAUCCUGCAGAGGCGACGGAGGGUGACGGACACGGGAGCAACGUCCAGCGAGAAGAGGGAAGAGGAUCCAGGACAUGUGAUCCCCCAGGAAGGAAACGCAGCCCCGCUGGUACUGAGCAGAGCUGCUGUGCCCACCCCAGGGGGGGGAGUCCGUCGGAUAGGCUGCAUACGGCAGAGCCGGAGAACCUCAGCGGUCAUCGCUCUCAACAGACGGGUGUCCCAGGAGAUGUCACAGCCCAGCCCGCUGACAGAGGGCGAAGCACCCCCCAGCCGGGACUGACGAAGCCGUUCCCCCCUCCCCACCUCCUGCCCCCACCUCUCCCCGACUUCACCCCGUCCCACCACCAACACCCCCACCCCACCCUCCCCACACCUCCUCCCCACAUCCCAACCCGCCACCGCCCCCCCCAGACUCCCACACCCCCAACCCACGCUCCGCCCCCAACCUCACGCCUCCCCCAACUCACGCCUGUCCCAUUUCCUGUUCUGCUCCUCCCCAGCCCCUUCAUUCCCAUUCUGCCCACACCCCACCUCACACCCUCCUGUUCUCCAACGCAGGAGGAGCGGGGUAGACCAUUCGGCCUUCGUUCCUGCUCCCCCAUUCGAGAAGGCCAUGGCUGACCUCAGACAUCAAGUGCCACUAUCGACCUCCCCUCAAUGUCCUGGCCCUGAAACCCCUCCAACCUCUUGCCCACCCCAUCCCACUGCUACAGCAGUUCCGUCUUCCCCUGACCUGUCUCACCACCCUCAUAUUCCCCCCUGUCACCCCCACCCCUGUCCUUUCCUGGCUUCUCAAGCAUCCUUCCCUUGUUAAGGCCCAGAAAAAGUUAAGCCCCAGAAAAACAUCUUCACUAUUCAUUCUGCUAUCCAACCUAAAUAAAGUUUGUAAUGCAUUUUGUGGUUGAAAGAACUAUAAACUGAUUGUGGUGUGUUGUUAUGAAAUGCCUUAACCUUUUCAAAAAUUGAAUUCAUAGAUUGGGUUUUCAGCAAUCUGUUUCCCAAGCGUUGUAUCCUGACAGUGUCUGUGCUUGCAGUAUUUAAAAAAAACCAGAAUACAUUGAAGUUUUGUUAAACUACAUUGUUUAAUAUUAAA